AUGAAGCGCUCUUUGCGGCCACUAUUCAGCUUAUUGCUGUUCAUUGUCGUCGCCGCCACUCUCACCUGUAGAGUCAUGCUCCGCCGUGACUCAUUUCAGCUCGAAAACGACAAACCAUUGGUCCAAAAGCCCACAAAAUCAGUACUCAACGCGACCCUUCUCAAGUUCGCCGCCAUUGACAUAGGGGAACCCCAGUUGAAGAAAGAAAUGGAACUCUUAUUGGAAGGUAGGUUCGAAAAAAAUGGCCGCCAGAGGUCAUUCUUGUCCUCUGAUAGAUAUCCUAUUGAUAUUCGGGCUAGAUCAGCUAGAGGCAUGCCGGUACAGCUCCAGUCACCGCAGUUUUACAGACUAUGGUUGGAUUUUAGGAGGUAUUUACAAGAUUGGUCAAGAAAUAGAAGGUUUCAAUCUGAUAUUAUGUUGGAUUUGCCUAAUUUAGUGAAGGGUCCAAUUGAUAAUUUCAGUGGAGCAAAGGGUGUUGGGGGAAAAUAUAGGACUUGUGCUGUUGUGGGAAAUAGUGGGAUUUUGUUGAAGACUGAGAAUGGGGAGUUAAUUGAUAGCCAUGAUGUGGUGAUUAGGCUAAACAAUGCCAGGAUAGGGAGUUUCGAGCGCAAUGUGGGUUCAAAAACUAGUAUUUCGUUUGUUAAUAGUAAUAUUUUGCAUUUCUGUGCUCGAAGGGGAGGUUGCUUUUGCCAUCCAUACGGGGCAGAUGUACCAAUUGUUAUGUAUAUAUGUCAACCAAAGCAUUUCUUGGAUUAUACUUUGUGUAAUUCUUCACAUAGAGCACCUUUGGUUGUCACUGAUCCACGGUUUGAUGUGUUGUGUUCGAGGAUUACGAAGUAUUAUUCAUUGAAACGGUUUGUGGAGGUGACAGGGAAGGAUAUUGAAGGGUGGCCAUCUGCCCAUGAUGGGCUGAAUUUCCAUUACUCUUCAGGUAUGCAGGCUGUUAUGCUUGCUGUGGGGAUUUGUGAGAAAGUAAGUAUUUUUGGGUUUGGGAAGUCAGAUUUGGCUAAGCAUCAUUACCAUACUAAUCAGAAAGGUGAGCUAAUGUUACAUGAUUAUGAGGCGGAGUACGAUUUUUAUCAUGAUUUGGUGGAGACACCACAGGUAAUACCAUUUAUCUCCGGCAAGUUCAAGUUUCCUCCUGUUGUUAUGUAUCAAUGA